GUAGAGAAGAGGACAUUUCCGACAGCUGUGCGGGGGAGUGGAAAGUACAAUUUUUUGGGUGUGUUUGGCCGAGAAAAAAAAGCAGAGAAAGAACGCAAUAUUCGUUGAUAAAAUGAGCAGGAAAAACUAUUAAAAAACUCAACCGCUAUGGUGAGAAGCACAAUUUCGGUGUCGCAGACGCUAACAUCUGCCACCGGCGGCAUCGGCAUAGGGCGUUUGGCCAUAACCAAAAAACUGGUGCUCUGGUCCGUGCUGAUACUUCAGAUUGGCUUCAUAGGCUGCAUAUGGCUGUUGCAGAUGAACUACAGCACCCAGGAUCAGCAGCAAGGAUUGGAUCUGGGCCACAACCGCGUGAACUUUGUCAAAAGCGAAGGAGGAGGAGGACAGACAGGAACAGAUAGGAGUCAAAGCCAAAGCCUGGGCACUUUCUGCCCCAGACAGCACGAGAAUGUAAAUCGCUACGACAGGGACUUUUAUCAAAUGAAACCAGACAGACUGAACGAUACACCAAUACAGGCGGACGACUACAAUGUCCCCGCCUAUGUGGAGAUGGAGAUGGAAACAGCGGCCGCCCUGUGGUGCUAUCGCGAGGGUACCAUCAACGAGAGCAGCCUGCACAUCAAUGAUGUGGACUAUCUGAUGGCACCGCCGCAGUGCAAGUGCGCCAGCGGCUGGCAUGGCCGAGACUGCGGUCAGCCAGAGAUCAUCUGGCGUGCCCUGAUGACGCACAGUCGGGCCAGCAAGCGGGGAGGCGGCACUGCGCCACUGCAGCUGACGGAAGCUAGUUCCAGUUCCCUGCAUCGACUCUUCUACAUGGUAGAGCUGGGUGCCUGGGAGCACAUCAGUCUGGAGCUCUUGGAACUGCAACUGAGGGCCCUGCUCGAGGUGGUGGACUACUUUCUCAUCUACUACGUGAGCAAUGGCAGCAAGGAGCGCAGUCUGGACAGUCUGCUGGGGGGCAAGGCGAGCUAUGUACUGUUCCGCUGCACAUCAGCUGGCAACUGCAGCAGUGCUGUGGCCUAUGCACACUUUCGGCGGCAACUCUGGUCGCUCUGCGGUGUGCAGAUGGAGGCCAAGGAUCUGCUACUCCAUGGCGACAGCCGGACUGUGUAUGCUCCGGCCGCUUUAAAGUUUCUCAAAUACUAUGCAAAGGAUGUGCUGCCGCUGAGAUUUCGUUUAAAGUACAACGUGUACGGCUUCUAUUGGCAGCAUCCUAAAAGAACUCUCCUGAACGGUGUGAUAAGUUCCUUGGGGCAUCUGCGUGGCGCCCAACUAGAUCCCCAUCUGCUGCAGCGCCAAGCCAGCAAUACGCUGGGCGAUCUCAAUCAUUAUGGUGGCUGGAGCUGUGAGCUCUGCCUGCCACCCGAGCAGAUUGUACUCCUGCUCCAGCAGCAGCCGUCCCAUAAGCUAACUGUGAAACUGCCCAACGACACGCGAAAUGCCCACAUUGAUGCCACCUACAUGCAGAAACAGAUGGCGAAUGGUUACCACAUAGACGGGGCCACACAGCUGCUGCGUUUGCGUCAGCAAAGCGAGAAGUAUUAUGCACCCGAUGAGGCUCUCCUGCACAGCAGCCAGUUCGGGCAGCUGCUAGUCAAUCUAUACGAUGUGGAUGUCUUCGAAGAUCUCCAGGAGGAGGCAGACUAAAGGCGAUGCUCAAGUCUGACUUGAACUAAAUAGAUUACAAAAUAUAUAUUUAUAUAUGUGCCUGCUUUUGAACGCCCCAUCAAUGUCAAUCUCGAUCUCAUCUCAUAAUCACCAUAUCAUAUCAUCCGCGUUGCCCGCCCUUCUGUGUUUUUUGGCCAAUCGUAUUCCAAAUUUAUUAUCUCUCAGCAGACAGGACAGACAGACCCGCAAAAUCUGUGAUAAGAAACCAACAACUAAACCAAAUGAAUUUAUCGAAAUAUGAAACUAAAACGAAGAACAUUUUGCUGGAAUUACAAAUACUAUGUUGUGGAAAAUAAGUUGAACGGAAUUUAGCAUUAUUUUUAAGAAAUACAUAAAUAUACGGAAGCAAACAUACAUGAACUGUAAUGCGAAGUGUUAAAUUAUAA